AUGCUUUACAAUUUCGUAUCGAUACGCUCCACACCACUCGUCAAGCGGAGAAAAGUGCGUCGGGCAUGCGACUUCUGCCGUCAGCAUCGCGUCCGCUGUGAUGGCAGAUUACCCUGUGGCCAGUGUGUUACGAACAAGGUGCCAUGCAACAAGCCUUCGCAGCAUUCACACUCACAUCCACAUCCGAAUGCACAUCCACGCCCCUCAUCUGGAAAUCGAGAGUUGCAGCCGUCAGGCCCAUCUGGUUUCCCACACGCCCAGCCUGCACCUCCCUCCGCCCCGAACCAGGCGGUCCCAGGCCAGCAAGUGAGGCCCCAAUUAAGUCCGCCGCGGACUCCAUCGAUACAUCAUGCUGCUGUCGCUCCGCUUUCACGGCACUUGGACUCCUUCGCCAGCUUCAUCUCUCGCGUGAAUAGUUUCUGCUCCGUGGUGUCCCAGAUGUCGACCCGACCGUCUCCUCAACCCACCGAAGCAGCCCCUGCAGACGUUCCGUGUUCGUCACGAGACUUGCGAGGGGGAGUAGAGCCAGUUCUUGCGCAGCUAACUCCGGACAGCCUAAAGGAGCUUCAGGAAACACUGUUCGAUAUUUUCUGGACUCGAUAUCAUUUCCUGAUGCCGAUCGUCAGUGCAGAGGACUUGGCGGGAAUGUUGGAUGGACGCUCGGAGCCGUUGCGACAGGCUGCUAUGGCCUACUGUUUGCAAUCGAUCUAUCAUGCCGGGCUUCAUAACCGCUUGCUGGGCAUCCAGAAGGGCAUGGUAUCAUCCGGUCAUGGGGAGAAUCCUUCUCAAAGCCCUCUGGUAGCGAAACUGUUCGUAACCUUAUUCCAACAAGCACUGGCUACAAAUAAUGUCUAUAUCAUUUACGCAGAACCGACUAUGGCAGAUGUGCAGCGGCAUCUCUUCAUGGCUGCCUUCUUACUGAACUCGGGAGAACAUCAGGCGGCAUAUAACAUCAUCGGUGUAGCUAUGCGACUCACGCAGUCCCUCGACCUACAGCGCCUCCCAAGAACACAUCUGCCGCCACAAGAGGUGGAAACACGCCAGCGAAUCUGGUGGAAGUUGGUUCAUCUCGAUUUCCAUUGUUCCCGCCUGCUAGGAAAGCCGAUGGCGGUCUCUUUGAAUGACAAGACAAUUACCGUGCCGCAUCCGACACCGGAGUCAUCCGUGACCGCCCCGGACCUCAGUUACUACUCAGCAUCGAUCUCACUGACGGUGAUGGCACGACAAGUGGCGAAGUCCCUGGAAGAUCACUUGGAUACUGUAUCAGAAACAGUCGACUCGGUCACCAGGAUUGAGCGUUAUGCGCACUAUCUGUCGCGGGAAAUCCAGCACCUAUAUCAAUGGAGAGAUCGGAUCCUGGAAGCAAAAUUGUUUCCCAAUAUCACCCUUGCCUGUGGAGCUUACCGACCCGACGCAGUGGCUGCUACCCAGGAUGGGCUAAAGCAGGAUCAUGAUGCAAGGCUGUCAUUUCACCUGGCCCCGGCGGUGAUCCUACAGCGAACCCUCCUGGAGCUCCAGUAUCACGACAUUGUCCUCUGGGCUCAUCAUUCAUUCAUCCAGUUUCCGAGUCGUGGCUUGGUGCCGCAGCGGAGUCCACAAGCCGAUGUGCACGCCACCACCGCAAUACAGCAUGCGCUCACCGUCACCGACCUCAUCCGUCUUCGGAUGCUCUAUCAUGAUGGUCUUUAUGGAUGCUCCGAGGUCUACCAGUACCUGUGGAAUGCCGUUCUCACCCUUAUCGGGUUUAUGCUGGCCUACCCCUUAUGCUACUGGUUUCCUCUUGCCCAGCAGCAUGUCGAACGGUCCCUUCAGAUCUUCGAGGGAGCAGGACCCGUCAACCCGAUUGCAUCGCGAGCUGCCCACCUGACACAGUAUCUGCUGGGGCGGGUCAGUGCCCUGAUGGAGUUGCUCAGUUCUCAAUCGUCAGCCCCGAAUGAUCGGAAUGAUGGUCGGGGCGUGCAAACCUUUGAUCCGGUCGAACCAGAGAAGCAGCACCAGCACCAGCAGCCGACCUCAUUCACAUGUGAGGAUGAUGCGUUAUGGUCAUGUGCAGAUACUGUUGACCCCAAUAUUUGGUAUGGGUACUGCCACGAAAUUAACGAUAUGCUGAUGGAUGUGCCUGAGAUCCCACUAGGUACUGAAUUUUUCACGUCAUAA